CAUGUAAAUGAAUGACGUUGGCAGGAUGAGCACAAGCACUAUGACAGCAUGCAACAGUAACUUUCCGCUGCAGGUCAGAUGUGCGCUCGAACUGGACGGACUGAUGUAAACGGAAGCUGUGUGAGUUUAACGGGAGGAUAUACACAAUAUAAUAACAUUGCAAACGCUCAAGAAAGAAGGGGACAAACUAAAGAAUGACAGAUAUAAUGAACAAUACAGAACACAGUCGAGAAGACUUCACUGUGAGUGACACCGGGGAACAAGGCGUUUCCUUUCAGAUUUUUCCAGACACACAGGAGCGCCACCCCAAGGUGUUCAAGCGCCUGCCCUCCAUCGUAGUGGAGCCCACAGAGGGAGAAGUGGAAAGCGGAGAGCUACGCUGGCCCCCAGAUGACCUGAGAAGCACAGACCCUUCCAGCCAAACACAAACACCCAUGUCCGCUUCACACAGCCAGAGUACAGAUGAAGUCAAGUGCAGCAGCCUGGAAACAUCAGGGGCAGCUGAGCAUGACUGAAAUUUAAUAAAUACGUUGUCACAAGUCUACCAUUAUCACAAGUCUCAGUUCUCACAAAAUCUUCACACUUAGAAAGACACAAAUACACUGACAAGCAACACAAGCAGCCAAUCUGGCAGGCAGGUGUGAAAAGAUCAGAGCUCGCAAUGCUAUAUCUGAGCACCCUUUAUAACACAUUCAUAGCUUUAAAAAGACUUUUGACUUAAUUUUUAAGAUCAAACUCUUGGAGCAUUUUAUUUGUGGAAAGUGGCUUUAAUAAUCUUACAAUGGCCUAGUUUGUAUUUCCUGAUGCAGAAAUUCUGUUAAUAAAACUGCUGCAUAAAUUUACAUCUCUGAUAAUCUACUGAAAAUGCGUAGAAUUUGGAUGACACAACAAAAAUGGAUUGUAUGAGCACACUUAAGCUGGAAAAUAUGAAUGUACAGAAUAUUGUUCAAUAUAAAUGUAGAAAAAUAACAGUUCCUGGAUCUCAAGUAAGCAAUGUACAGUCAGUUAGCCAGUAUUGCUUUAUAAUUUAGCUUUAUUGACCAGCUGAUUUAAUUAGUACACUUAAUACAUGGCUACUGAAUGAAAAGGAAUUCAUGAAAUCCACUUGUCAAUUUUAUUAUUCAUCAGUAAGUAUACAUACAUAUUUGAGCACGAAAGGUAAAUUAUAGCUUUUUGUGGUCAAAUAUUUAUGUAUGUUUACCAUAUAUAUGUAUACUGACCAAUCAGAAUCAAGUAUUCCAGAACCAUGUAAGCACACAAUGGUUUUGAACGAUUUGAUGUCAAAUCUAGAGAGAGAUGUAUUGAUUUGUUAUUAUGCCCUCCACUUUGAUGUAUCCCAGAAGCCUGUGAAUACAUAUUCUAAAAAGAUUGCAGUGACCACUGUGGAUCUCACAUUCAUGUGAAAAUUAUUCAUUACACGCUCGGCGGCUGAAAACUUUAUGCGAGGAGACUCCAUCCUCUCACCACACCAUCUGGCUAAGGCUUGUGAGGAAUGACUGCUACUGAACUUCAAACAUGUCUGCCUGCCAAUCAGCCCGUGGACAAGGACUUCCUUAUAUCUCCAAGCCCUGUCUGACUUUCUGCAGACUUGAAAUUAUUAGAGGCGCUUGUGCACGUACACAAUAUCUUCAAAGCACAACCGCUGGAGCUAGAGUCCUGCAACUGGACUGCAAACAAAGACUGCUUAUUGUACAGCUUAAUUCAAUGUUUGGCUAUAAUUGGUCGUGUUUGCUAAGCAUUCUGUACUAUUGCUAUUUUCUUUCUUAGGGUUAGAAAUUUAAACAGACGCCUGUCCUUGAGUAUUACACAACUCGGUUGAAUCAUACAACAGGCAUGAAUCACAUCACAUCAUGCUGGGAAAUACUGGGAAGGCCAACUCUGAUAUUGUGACUGCGAGUAUUGCACGUACAGGCAUAAGUCACUUAAAAUUUCAUGUAUAUUUUCACUUACUAUCUAGUUUAAUAGUAAUAGUUCAGAUGUUGUAGUAAUACUGAUGUGAUUCUUAAACCACUUCAUGAUCCCAUGAUAUUUUCUUAAAUCCUCAUAGUGAAACUGCCUUGAUGUGUAUGUUGUUUAGAGUCUAUAUUUUGAAAUCGCAUUUUGUCUACUGCAAUGUUUUCAUAAUUCUGUAAUGAAUGGCUUGUGUUUGCCUUAAAACACUCUCCAUCACUAUCAUACGAGGUGUCUCCAUCAGGACUUUUGAUCUUUUUUUACUGGCAUGCAUUGAGAGUUGUGAAUAACGUGGAAAUUACAUAAUGAACCAGCAGAUACAUCUUCUGGAAAACGCUGAUCAGAUUUUUUUUUUUUUUUUUCUCAAAUUCUGUUUAAGAUUCUACCCAAUUGCCUUCAUUUCAUUAUUAAAUAAUUGUUGUAAAAAAUUUACUGAUAUUUUGAUAUUUGCUCUUUAUAUGUACACAUUUUUGUUUGUUCAUUUGUUUGGUAAGUUUAAAUAAAGAUUAAUAUUAGAUAA